AACUAAAUACAAAUAAAAUUCUUCUAUUUCAGAACUGGGUAAAGAUGCAAAGAAAAAUACUAGACAGCCAUUUUCAUAUUUUUGAUUUAGAGGUUCGAGCAAAAUAUCCAAAUCAGAAUGCAUCUAUGGGAUUUCCUUCCAGCGAGCAGGAGAGAAUUAAUAGAACGCAUUCAGCUGAAGAAGCAGAGAAAACUCUUACAGCAGCUAAUAUACAUGAAGGUGUUUUUGUACAAUGCUACAAUAACUGUCCUGAGGAGAUAGAUUGGGUUUUCAAUCAAUUCAAGGAUAAGACGUUUGUUAAGGGAGUGGUUGGAGGUUUAGAUCCAUUAAACCAAGAACAGAUUCUUCAAAUUAUCACAAAGUAUUCAGGGAGCUUGGCGCCUAAGUUUGUUGGAAUACGACAUUUGAUUGGAUUUGAAGAUGAUGACUACCUAGCUAGAGAAGAUGUCCAUAAAGGACUUCAGAUAAUAGCGGAUCAUGGUCUUACUUUUGAUAUUCAAAGUUAUCCUCAAACUAUCAAACAUAUUCAAACUGUAGCAAAACAAGUCCCCAAGCUGAAAAUGGUGAUUGAUCAUAUCGGGAAACCUUUCUACGACGAGCCUUCAACCUUCAGUGCAUGGUGUGAGGAUAUAAGAAGUGCUGCGAAGUAUCCAAAUGUUUACUGUAAAUUAAGUGGAUUAAUUAACGAAGUCCCAAAUUGGAAUCUUGAUGUGUUUCAACCUUACAUAGAUCAUCUAAUCAAGGAGUUUGGUGUAAAAAGAUGCAUGUUUGGAAGUGAUUGGCCUGUAUGUAUGCUUGCUUCACCAGAAAUCGAAUACAGAGACGUGAUAGCUCUUCUCGAGGAUUUAUUGAAAAAUCUAACAAACGAAGAAAAAGACGACAUUUUCUACAACAACGCAAAGAGGUUCUAUGGGCUGUAAAAAAUGUUUUUUAAAAGUUAGGACACCCUGUUUUAAACAUGUAAAUAUACUUAAACAGAUAAUAAA